AUGUUUAUUCAGCCACUACAAGACAAACGUGUUGUGGUGGGUCAGGAUGUCGCUUUGGACUGUCAAGUUGAAGGUCAUCCGGAACCAGUGGUAAAAUGGCUUAAGGACGACCAUAUCGUGACCCAGUGUCCAGACUAUGAGAUAUCUGAGGACGGUGUUAAGCACCGUUUGUUCAUACCGAAUGUGCAAGCAUCUGACAGUGGUCGUUUCACAAUUCAAGCAAUGAACGCUGCCGGCGUUAAGAUGUCUUCUUGCACACUUAUUGUCGCUCCAGCACCCACACCAAUUCCCGGUGUCAAAUCCAUUGCUGAGUCUCCUGCACCACCUCAAACGCCAGUUGGCCCAUCGGCUCCAGUUUUCCUGAAAGAACUGAAGCAUCAACCGCUGAAACCAGGCGAUCAAGUGGUACUCGAAGCUCGGGUGGUCGGCAAUCCAACACCGCAAGUUGAAUGUGCAAAAACAGAAUAUGAUCCACAUACGGGAAUCUGUAUCCUUUGUAUACCUCAGAUGUUUGCCGAUGACAUCGGCAAAUAUACGUGUAAAGCAACGAAUACGAACGGUGUUGGUGAGAGCUCUGCACAUAAAGGUCACUUUUUUCAGUUGUUACCUCGAGAUCAAUAUGAGAAAUGGUUCCACGAUGAGCAAUCGCAAAUCACUCAAGAACGAAAGCGCACCAUGCUCGCACAAUCACAGCAAGUCCAACAACGCCGUUCAAGCAAUAAUUCAUUGUCACAGCGUCAACAAGGCUCAUUACGCUCCCAAGGUAGUAUACCAAUGCGACAGCCACAACGAGUGGCCACAACCAAUAAUGGCAGUUCUGAUUUGGACUCAUUUGCUGAUAUUCAAUGGUUAUUGAGUGAGAGUGAAACAGAAUCUGAGCUAGUGGCCGCGUUGGAUAAUCGACACCUGGGAAGUGCGCCGAUCAUUCGAACACCACUCCGGGGCUUGCGGCUCACUGAAGGCACUGAUGCUGUUCUCCAAUGCAAUAUCGUCGGAAGUCCGAAACCGCGGAUUGAAUGGCGAAAGAACGGAAUAGCAAUGAGUCCGACAGGACCGCCAAGAAUAGCAAUGACCUACAAAGGGUCGCUUGCUGUGCUCAAAAUAUCGAUGGUGCUACCGGAAGAUAGCGGCGAGUAUACGGUACUUGCGGAGAACACCUUUGGACGGGUAGGUUCCUUCCUCGAACCAUUCGUGAAGUCUAUUUAA